CCUCACCUCGAGCGUUUUGUGGGAACAAAGUUCAAAUGUUUUUUGUGUUGUUUUCAGCAGCGACAUGGACUUUGCUGGCCCUGCUUUUUAUCCUGAUAUUAUUGUAUGGGAUAUGGCCAUAUCGGUUCUUCAAAAAGCUGGGGAUACCUGGACCGAGGCCCCUUCCUUUUAUUGGAACGAUGCUGGGCAUGAGGAAGGGAUUUCUUCCUUUUGACCAAGAGUGCCAGGCCAAGUAUGGGAAUGUCUGGGGCUUGUACGAUGGACGAACGCCAGUAUUAAUGGUGGCCGACCCUGAAAUUGUUAAAACUGUGAUGGUGAAGGAGUGCUACUCUGUGUUUACCAACCGCAGGGAUUCUGGUUUUUUCAGUGAGCCUCUGGAUGAUGCAGUUUCAGUCGUCAAAGAUGAAAGGUGGAAACGAAUUCGCAACACCCUGUCUCCGUGCUUCACCAGUGGAAGACUGAAACAGGUUUAUCCCCUCGUUGCUCGCUAUGCAGAACGACUUGUUGGAAAACUUGCAGAAACAAAUUUGGAUGAACCCAUCACUGUCAAACAGUUUGUGGCUCCUUACAGUUUAGACACGGUGACCAGUGCUUCUUUCAGCGUGGAGACAGACUCCAUAAACAAUCCAAACGACCCUGUUAAUGUUCAAAUCCAGAAGCUCCUUAAAAUCAACUUUGGGCUUUUCUUUUUUCUAAUGGCAUUUCCCUUUGGUCGUCGCCUGCUAGAGCUCCUGAAACUUGAAAUCAUGCCCAAAGACACUAUUAACUUUUUCUUCAACAUCAUCAAGAGAUUUAAAGACCAGCAUCAUGAAGCCAAAUCUGCCCGAGGAGACUUCCUGCAGGUGCUGAUUCAGAGUGAGAUCCCAGAAAAGAAGUAUAAAAACAAUGAAGAACAGUCAAGUAAAGGUUUGACUGAGCAUGAGAUCCUUUCCCAGGCCUUCAUCUUCAUCUUUGCAGGCUACGACACCACCAGCACCACUCUAAGUUACAUCCUUUACAAUCUGGCCACAAACCCUGAUGCACUGCAGACCUUACACAAAGAAAUCGAUGCUAACCUGAAGAAAGAUGGACCCAUUUUAUACGAGGAGUUGACCAGUCUACAGUACCUGGACCAGGUUAUACUUGAAUCGAUGCGACUGAUUCCCACUGUCCCUCGACUCGACAGGGCAUGCAAAAAAACUGUGCAGGUGAAUGGCCUCACCAUCCCUGAGGGAACCGUGGUUGGGAUUCCUGUGUGGAUGUUGCACAAAGACCCACGUUACUGGAACACACCCGAGCUGUUCAGACCAGAGAGGUUCAGUAAAGACAGCGGGGAGGAGGUGAACCCGUACGCGUUCAUGCCAUUUGGGCUUGGCCCUCGUAACUGUGUUGGCAUGCGCUACGCCAUCCUCAUCAUGAAGAUGAUUAUCAUUCGUCUCUUGCAGAAGUACACUUUGGAAACAUGCAAAGAGACCACGAUUCCAAUUGAGUUUAACUGGAAGUUUCAGCCUGUUCAGCCUGUAAAACUCAAGUUUGUUCCCAGAGAACAGUAGGCUGAAGUAGGCUCUAAAUCCUAUCAAACAUGUUGUCUUAUCAUUUUUGUUUUAAUGUGAGGUAACACGGGAUGACAUUCGCUGUUAAGUUUUCUAUGACUAAACUUUAAAAUGUUAUCCAAUCAACCCAGUGUAAACAUUUGAAUUGUUUGCAGUGUUAAUGAAUUAAAUAUAUUUUAAUCACUUUUAUCUAAAUUGUGUUUCAUGUUUAAUCAGAUUUUUUUUUGUGUUCAAAAAGUACAUCUACCUGUACCUGGCAGUGAUGCGUGUGAUCGCCAGCAGCUCAUUUAAUGGACCUGACAGUCUCAAUAGAGAUUUUUACAAGACUUUGACAUUUCUAGAUUUCUAAUUGUAAUUGAAUGUAUUAAAUCAUGUUUCUGCAUGUUUUCACAAUAAAACUAAAGGCCAGUCACAAAUUCCCAAAACUGAG